AAGUUCUCCAGUUCUUUCCGGACUCAGUCACUCUCUCGGUAGCACAGCUCAAAGCGCACUCUCUCUGUUUCUAUCGCUUCUCCGUUCUUACAUCGGUUCAGACCUCUCCGUUGGCAAUCAUGAGUUUCCCCAGAGUGCCAAGUAGCUACGUCUCCUUCCAACGCUCCACACCCGUGUCCUCCUACCGGGCUGCCAGCACCUACGGAGGAGCGGGAGGACACGGCACACGCAUCUCCUCUGCGGCCUACGGGGGCCUCCGCAGCGGCGCCCCGUCCAGCUCUUCCUCCUUCUCCUCGUCCUCCUUUAAGACGAGCGGAGGCGGCGUGGGCAUGGGCGGUGGCCUGGGCUCGGGCAUGGGUGGCGGCAUGGGUUCGGGCGCCGGCGGUGUGAUGAACGUGGCGGCGGGGGGCGUCAGUGGCCACAUCAUGGGCAACGAGAAGGGGGCCAUGCAGAAUCUGAACGACCGCCUGGCCAACUACCUGGAGACGGUGAGGAACUUGGAGCAGGCCAACGGAGAGCUGGAGAUGAAGAUCCGCCAGGCCCUGGAGAAGGGGAGCCCGGACACACGUGACUACAGCAAGUACACCUCCGUACUGGAUGACCUGCGCAAACAGGUCUUUGAUGCCACGUUGGAUAACGCCAGCCUUGUGCUCCAAAUCGAUAAUUCUCGCUUGGCUGCCGACGACUUCAAAGUAAAGUUUGAAUCCGAGUUCAGCAUUCGCCAGUCUGUGGAGGCGGACAUUGCCGGCCUUAAGAAAGUCAUCGAUGACACCAACAUGGGCAGGUUGAACGUAGAGAGUGAGAUCGAGGCCGUGAAGGAGGAACUUAUGUUCCUCCGGAAGAACCAUGAAAAUGAGGUGAUGGAGAUGAGGAACCAGAUCUCUCACUCGGGGGUGCAAGUGGAUAUAGACGCCCCUAAGGGUCAGGACAUGGCACUGGUCAUGGAGGAGAUGAGGGCUAACUAUGAGAAGUUAGCCCUGAAGAAUGCAGAGGACCUCAAAGCAUGGCACGAAAGUCAGAUCUCAGACGUGCAGGUGCAGGUGUCCCAGAACACAGAGGCCCUCCAGGGAGCACAAGUGGAGCUCAGCGACCUGCGGAGGCAGAUACAGACCCUCGAGAUCGAACUGGCAUCCCAACAGAGCUUGAAAUCCUCCCUGGAGGACACCCUGCGUAACACAGACAUGCGUUUCAACAUGGAGGUGGAAAAGUACAACGCCAUCCUGAUCCGUCUGGAGGGCGAGCUGACCAACCUGCGGGGCAACAUCCAGCAUCAGGGCCAGGAGUACGAGGCCCUGCUCAACAUGAAGAUGAAGCUGGAGGCUGAGAUCGCCACCUACAAGAGCCUGCUCGACGGAGGGGACUUCAAGCUCCAAGAUGCGAUCGAUGAUCUGAGGUCCUGAGACAAACAAGGGUGGAGAAAAGUGAUAGCCAACAGUCAUUUUAAUGGAGUGCGAGAGAGAUAUUGCUACAUUCCAGGGGUGGGGGUGGGUGUCAAAUCCACCAAACAGGCAUAACAUUGUGUCAUCAUGAAAAAAGAAAACUCAAAAUUAAACAUAGAUCCAAUAAAUGAACAGUCUCUUUU